AUGGCUUCUGCAGUCGCAAUUGGUGCUGGCGUGGCGGUCGCCGCUUUUCUGGGUCGCGCUGGUCUUGUUGCAUUCCGUCGGUCGCGCGGCGGUGUCGGCUCGCUAGGCAAGGCAUUCUACAAAGGCGGCUUCGAGGGCAAGAUGACCAAGAAAGAAGCGACGUUGAUUCUGUCACUGAAUGAGCGCGCAGUCACGAAGGACAAGGUCCGCAAAGCCCACCGCACACUGAUGCUGCUGAACCACCCCGAUCGCGGUGGCAGCCCAUACCUCGCCACAAAGGUCAACGAAGCGAAAGAACUUCUCGAGAAGACGACAUGA